CACCACAUACUACAAUGUCCACGUGCAAAGCGGUCAUGUUGGCGGUGAUUCUUGCGCUGUGCACGGGUAUCUCGAGGUGCCAGUGUCCAGCGACGUGCCAUUGCGACGGAACUGUCGUAAGAUGCAAUGGACAACAGCUGUUGACCAUACCCCUUUCCCUACCAGACGCUACCACUACCUUGCAAUUACUCAACAACUCUAUCGCAUCCAUUCCUGCGGAUGCAUUUCAAGGACUGACGAACCUUGAGAAAUUGUAA